CAAAGGACAGAAAAAAGGACAGAAACCAAGCAAGCACCAUUGCGUGGUUGGAUGGUUUGUGGACGCGAUCACAAAGAAGGCCUUCCUCGCGUUCACGCAAGCCAGCAAGCAAGCAAGCACCUCGUCGUUGUGGUGCAACAAGAGGGACAGCUCUACAGCUGCUGCGCGUGUAUUAUUGAUCUGCUACACAAGCAGUGGUAGCCACUCCACGAUGCAGUGGGCAAUGCGACCGUGCUCUUUGUGUCGCACACAUGGCGGUUCAAGAAGAUGACACACGUGCUGAACGUGUUCAGCGUGCUGCUGUUGCUUUGAGAGUUUGCACAUGAAGAAGAAGCAGGCAGGCAAAGGAAGCGUCUGCCACAAGAACCAACCUCACCCCCGACUCCCAUGCAAGCACCUGCUCAAGGCUCGACCCCAAAGUACUCACAAUUCAUACAGCGUGGGCGACCGCAGGAGAGCAGACUGGGGAUGAACGUGGUGGGAGCGGACGAGGAGGACAAAGAGGUCGUGCACGGAGCAGAGGACGUGGUAGAGAGGGUGUGCAUUCACAGCAAUCACAACAGCGUCACCACAAUGAACAACGCGGCACCACUCCUGCAACCAGUGUUUGGGAGCGGCAUCAGGCCCAUUCCCACCAGCACUGCCUGCGCCUGCACACGGGCCAGCAUAUUCACCAUCUCUGACGCAUGCCAUGAUGCCGACAUUGUCAACGACACCAACCAUCACAAGCACAUUGCGGCCGCUGCUGCGGGGUUGCAGUGCAGACGCCAGAACAUGUCGACCUCAUCUGCAGCACCGGCAACGACAGCAACAACAGCUGUGAUGGCAGCAGAAGCAGCGGCGGCAGUAGGGCUUGUCCACCCUCCUUUCCGAACACGGUGCCGCCGUUUCCUCAUGUCUGCGACGACGGCUACAGCCACAUGGCCGUUCAGGGGCACCACUUCUGUCGCGGACUUGCUUGAUGGCAUCACCAGCAUCCUAAUCAUCGUCCUCUUCACCCCAUCACCGUUAUCAACGACAACGACUGAAGCAGCAACGACUGAAGCAGCAGCGGCAUCACCAUGGGCAAACACUGCUGCACCACCAGUAUCGCUCUCGGCGUAUGUAGCGCUUGCAGACAGAGAGCUGGGGGCGGAGAAGAUUCACAUGCUCAGCUGUCGCGACGACGAUGCUCGCAAACAUGGCCGGUUCAAAGUAGCAGACAGGAGGCUUUUUGCUGCCCAGCUACAUCACGUUCCGGGCCACUGGGUGCUGUCUGCGUCAUACGACGGCACGGUGUACGUGGCAGACUCAUCAACGCAGUCCUCCACCGGGGAACAGACAGAGGUGUCUGGGGCACCAGCUGCGCAAGCUGGACAACACAAGCCACCCACCCCCACUUGGGUGUCACCACUGCGGAACCAGCACGAUACAACCUUGCGCAAGCCUUCAAGUUCGAGCAUGGGAAACCAGCUGCAGCGACCAGCCCUGACUUCAGGGGAUCAGAAAGAGGGGAAUAUCGCGCGCGCCCGAGCGAUUGUUGUGCUGUCGUUUCUGGCAGACACAUUGUGUUGUCGACCACACGAAUUGGCCGACCUUGUGGCAAACCUGUUUUCCGCAGCCACACCCAAGGCCUUCAAGGCGGCUGCCACGAAGCUCGCACAGAACAUAUGGCUUCGCCUCUUUCAACUUCCCCGCCUGUGCAUGAUUCACAUGGCCAUGUUUGCGCUCGUGCUUGCGCUCGGUGUUGUUGUGGUCCAAGACUUCCGCGGACCCCCAGAGGCAAACCGGUGGUUCACCGCCUUUGUGCGAAUGCAGAACAUCUGGCAGGAUCCCAACAUGUCGCUGGCGCGCAAGGCCUUGCAUCUCGUGCAAACUGGUGCUUGGCUGUGUGCCAGUGCAGUGUGGGCGGCCGUCAUCGUCAUUUCCCCGGUGCUGCAGGACUGCGUGCAACACUUUGUGUUGUUUGUGAGGGAUGCCCUACCCCAACUCGUAUCUGCCCUUCAGCAGGCCAUUGGUGAUCAGCGCCGUCCCCUCGCCCUGCGCGUCUAA